CCCAAUCUUUCUCUCCGUAUCCUUGCAAAAUGGAGCUCCAGAAGGGCCAGUACCAUCCCGCAGGAGCAGACGACCUACGUUCUCCGUGUCCUGUUCUCAAUUCACUCGCCAACCAUGGCUAUAUCGCGCGCGACGGAAAGUCCAUCACCGCUGCUGAGCUGAAAUCGGCCAUUCGAUAUGUCGGGUUAGGCCUGGACAUAGCCUCUGUUCUCGUAAGCCGUGUCUUUCAAAUCCACUCCGACGACGCAAAACACGGACCACCAGGAAGCUCCCAAGUUGGACUACGCGACCCGGGACAAGUGAAUAGAGACGGGAUACCAGUGCUCAACCUCGAUCAAGUCGGCCGUCCUCAUGCUUUGGAACACGAUGUCUCAAUCACCCGACAAGACCGCGCGUUGGGCGACUGCAUCCACCUAGACCCUGACCUAUACAAACAAUUCCUUCGGACUGCGAAGGAAGGGAAGUUUCACAGCACAGUCAUGGGAAGGUAUCGAAAGGUGCGAUAUGAUGAACAGCAGAGGGACAAUCCACACCUGCAGUUUGGCAAAUUCGAACACUACGUUGCGUGUUCUGAAGUGGCAGCUCUGCGAAGUGUCUUUGGCAAGGGUGUCACGAAGGGUAUCCCGGAUGACUAUGUGCGUGCUGUCUUUGGCGAAGAGCGUCUGCCGUACGAGGAAGGUUGGAGCCCACGACGAUUCAAGGUGUAUUUCCCAGAGGCACUAGCGCUGCUGUUAGUCAUUUCGCACUAUGCUUGGCCUUUUUAAGCGCUAGAUUAGGCUGCAUGGCGCUAUUGAGGUGCAGGUUCGCUUGGCAAUUUAGGCAUAGCUGAAUGGCCUUGGGAGAUGAUUCUUCUUUAAUGUGCGAUGUUGGGUUUUGAUCAACAUGUUGGGGCUUGUCAGGCUGACAGCACGGGCGCGCUAUUGUCAUAUGUGCUUUUUUGGGAUCGGUAAUCAUGAAGAUUCAAAUUUUGGCUCCGAUUGAAGAUUACAGUGAUUGAUCAUUUAUUGUUUCUACUGAGUACAAAUAUCAUAUAGAUUGCAUGAUCCCCUCGCUUUGGCUAUAUCACCCCACAAUAGCCUUUGUGUCUCGCCCACAGAAGGCUUGUUUCGGAUUCCCCUCAUUUUGGCUGCACUUCUGUCUCGGUUCACUGCUGGGGCCGCCCGUGUCACUAAAUUUAGAACAGAUAACAGGUCGCCAUGGAACUUUCAGUUUAUGAUCUAGAGCAACAUUAAUAUCAUUAUUUCAGCCAGAAUGGCAUUCCUUUCUACAGCUGCUAUGAUUCGAAGCAAUACCUUGAAUAUUCUGUCAUGAUCAAUGGCGAUGACUAAUGCACUGGAACAGGGUCCAGGGGUCACCUUCCCAACUGAGACAAGCGUUGUCAGGGACCGUGCAAACAGAACAUACGCUUCUUGUUCUGGAAACAUCCCAGCCAGCGCAAUACAUCCUUGCCUAUCAAUAAUCCAGCAUUAAGCAGCAGAGAC